UCUCUGGACAGACAGACUUUUGUGGGCUGUACCUGUGGCGCUGGUAGCACGGCUGAUCUGAACACGACUCUUUGAGCCCAGAUUCCUUCCUGAGAGAGACUCCAGAGAGGAGGAAGAUGAGCACUGUGGGAAAAGUAAGACAAAAGGUUAUUAAAUGCAAGGCAGCCAUUGCCUGGGAAGCAGGGAAUCCCUUUUCUAUUGAGGAGGUUGAAGUCGCCCCACCCAAAGAACAUGAAAUUCGAGUUAAGAUUGUUGCCACGGGGGUGUGCCGUAGUGAUGCUCAUGCUGUAAGCCCCAGUUUUAAAGAGGGUCUUUUUCCAGUCAUCCUGGGCCACGAAGGAGCAGGAAUUGUGGAGAGCACUGGACCAGGAGUGACUAGAUUUAAACCAGGUGACAAGGUUAUCCCACUCUACGUCCCUCAGUGUGGUCAAUGCAAGUUCUGCUUGAGUCCAAAGACCAACCUUUGUGAAAAGAUCAGCAAAAUUAAAACACCUAUUUCUGAUCAAGACCUGAUGCCCGAUGGUACCAGCAGGUUCACCUGCAAAGGGAAGCAGAUUUACCACUUCAUGGGGACUAGCACCUUCUCUGAAUACACUGUUGUAGCGGAAACUUCUCUUGUCAAAAUUGAUGCUGCUGCUCCCCUGGAUAAAGUCUGUCUGAUCGGCUGUGGAUUUUCCACAGGUUAUGGGGCUUCCCUCAAUACUGCCAAGGUGGAACCUGGGUCUACCUGUGCUGUCUUUGGCUUGGGAGGAGUCGGCCUGUCAGCUGUCAUGGGCUGUAAAGCUGCUGGAGCUUCUCGGAUCUUUGCAAUUGACAUCAACAAAGAUAAAUUUUCAUUGGCAAAAGAGUUAGGAGCCACUGACUGCCUCAAUCCUCAGGAUUUCAAGAAGCCCAUUCAGGAGGUUAUAAUUGAAAUGAGCAACGGUGGGGUCGAUUUUGCCAUUGAAUGCAUCGGUAAUGUUGCUGUCAUGAAAGCUGCCCUGGAGUGCACCACGGUGGGCUGGGGAACUUGUACGAUUGUUGGAGUGGCUCUGGGUGGACAAUCAAUCCCUGUUUCUCCAAUGCAGCUGAUAAUGGGAAAGAAAAUAAAUGCCACUUUCUUUGGAGGUUGGAAGAGUGUAGAUUCUAUACCAAAGCUGGUGUCUGAUUAUAUGGCCAAGAAAUUCAGUUUGGAUGCCUUGGUGACGUACACUCUGCCAUUUGACAAAAUCAACGAUGCUUUUGAUCUUAUGUAUGAGGGGAAGAGCAACAGAACCGUCUUGGUUUUCUAAGGAUUCAACUUAAAUUUUUGAAGACUCCCAUAUGAAUUUAAGCGUUAUCCUGAGGCUGCCUCACUGCUUAAUGACUCAAUUAUCUUUUCUUUAUAUAUUCAGGAAAGUACUUAUGUUCAGUAUGUGAUAAUAUGGAAUAGGUAGAAACUAAAGGUCACAAUAGACAAUAGCUGUAAAUACACAGACAUAAGUGUUGUGGAAGUGUAUGAUACCAAUACAUAAUAUUUAUACACGGAUGUGUAGACAGUGGGUCACUUUAGUGCAACAUGCUUUUUUGCUAACACUGCUAUAUGUUAUUUUUGAUUUGUAUACAGUAUCUAAUCUCAUGAAAUAAUUAACCACAUAAAAUGUGUUUUCUAGUUUUUA